CAUAGACAUUAUGUCAAAUAACAAUCAUUCUCUUGAGAAUGAAUGCUUUUCAACAGAUUACCAUGAAUAUCUGUUGCAGAUGGAGGCCUAGGGCUACUGCAAGUUAAAAGAUUAAGCUUGCCACAGAAGAAAACAUCGCAUUGGGCAUUUUUUUUUGACAAACAGCUCGAUUUCCUCUAUACACGGGGUUAGGGUUAGCAUUUGCAUUUCGGUGGCUGAAGGAAAUGUCAUAUCAUAAUGAAGUAGUAAUCUGUUUACACAGACAAGCUAUCUCCUGCAGGCCUGUUCAUGUUCUCAUUUCAUCUCUCUUGCCCUUUUUUGCCCUCAUACACUCAAAGUUGCACUGACCUUUGCUCGGCGGAGUAAUCGAAUCACGCUGAUACCUGUAGAUGACAGCUCUCUACUGGGCAUGCUCUGAAGGCUGACGCACUGUCAACUGAGCAGCAGCCAUACAGAGGGUUUGUUCUGUUCAGCUGCACAUUCACCUAAACAUACAAAUGAGCAUUGCUGAACAGGGAGAUGGCGCUGCGUGCUUGUGGCUUCAUAGUGUUUCGUUGUCUACCCGGUCGUGUCCCUCCACCAGACAACAUCGAGUACCUCCUCUUGCAGACCUCUUAUGGGGAACACCACUGGACCCCACCCAAAGGUCAUGUGGACCCAGGUGAGGACGACCUCACCACAGCUCUGAGAGAGACCAAGGAGGAGGCGGGGCUGGGGGCGGAGCACCUGCGGGUGAUUGACGGCUUUGUGCAGGAGCUGCGUUACGAGGUGCGAGGCAGACCCAAAGAGGUGCUGUACUGGCUGGCCGAGCUGAGAGACCCAGGGACGGCGGUGACUUUGUCUGACGAGCACCAGGACUACCGCUGGGCCCGGCUGCAGGAAGCCUGCACUCUGGCUCAGUACAAAGACCUGCAGGACACACUGAGAGCAGCACACAGACACUUGGGGGCUCUGCAGGACAAACAUUAAUGAGCCAGUAUGUAGACUGUGCAGACGGGAUGAUUAAAGAAGGGAAAUAACUGUCAACUGGCAUGUAGGACCCUCAGACCUUCGUUUGAUAGAGCACCCAAUGUGAUUGUAUUUCUGCAUGUGAUUGAUGAUUCUGUCUCUGUCAGGUUUAAAUACUGUUGAAGUGUGUUUAAAUACUUUGUCUCUACUGUACUGUAUAAUGUAAGGCUGAGUAGAUUCCCUUCCGUUAAAACAAAGGUAAGUAGGGAGGAAAUGAAUCAAUUCAUGAAAACCGGAUUACUGAUUUGAUCUUAGUCACUGCACAAAAACGUGAUUGUGGAACAGUGUAAACCUGAAGCGGGGGGAUAUGUUUUAAUACUGUCUGUAGUUGGGAUCAAAUGUAUUGAAAAUAAAUAUACCAGGUUUUGUGUACCAGGA